CCCCAGCAAACACCCUAUCAAUCAACAACCAACCAACCAGAAAUCUCAUCCAACAAACGACACAGCCCAUUGACAAGCAAGAUGCCACAAUGGCAAACACAGCACACCUCCACCCCCCUCCCCACCCCCUCCGAGCUUUCCUCCUCUUUUUCGCUACGCGCCCCUCCCACCACUGACCUAUGGGCCUCGCCCCCGGACAGCUGCAUCUUCACCGCCCCGUUCAUCUACCAGGCAGUGCCGCUGGCCUCCUUCCGACGGGCCCGCAUCACCAUCGCCACUGUGCUAGCCGAGCAACCCUACGCGCAGGCCGGCCUGGCUCUGCUGCUCCCGCAGUCUGACGGCCAACGCAGAUGGGUGAAGACCGGUCUCGAGGUUCUGGGGGGUAGGCAGGUCCUGGCAACGGUGGGGCGGGAUCGGUGGCCGGAUUGUAGUCUCGUGCCUGUGGAUCCUGCCCUGGGUAGGGUGACGGUGGAAUUGAUGCGGCAAGGGGAUAAAUUUGGUGGUUAGCCGCGUGAAGCGGACGGAGACUGGGGAAGCGGAGAGGGAGGUUCUCCGUGAGUUGGGGUGGGUGUUUGCUUCGUCGGUUGGGAGUACGAUUCAGGAGGAGUGCUGGGUUGGGGUCUUUGUUGCGAAUCCGUCUGGUGAGGCGGAGGCUUUUGAUGUGUGCUUUGAAGGGCUGAUUGUGGAG